CAACAAAGAGUCGUACGAUUACGGGACCAAUAUUAAUGGUGGAAACGUUGGAAGCGUCACCGCGAACUCCACACCUCUUGUUCACCAACAACGGCAGACGACUAGCGACUACAAACAGGCUAUUAAGGCUUGAGAAUGCCCCAAGUACCAUUGACAUGCACACAGACGGGCCAACCCGUGCCAGACUGCCUCGUUCACACCCUCGACGGUAACUUCGUCGACGGCUCAGGCAGAACGCUCCUUCUUCGAGGUGUAAACCUGUCAGGAUCGUCGAAAGCACCCGUCGGUCACCCUUCGUAUGCACUGAAAGACUUUUGGGAGGCGGGCGAAGCUGGCAGCGAAAGUUUUGUCGGUCAACCCCUCAAUCUCGACGACGGUUCAGCGGACGAGCACCUCAGACGACUCAGAGGAUGGGGAUUCAACAUGCUCAGAUACCCAAUUACUUGGGAGGCACUCGAACACGAGGGACCUGGAAAGUAUGACUAUGAAUUUAUGGACUAUACCAUUCGAGUACUGCGAAAGUGCAAGGAGUACGGGUUCAAAGUUUACGUGGACCCUCACCAAGACGCGUGGUCGCGCUUCUCAGGAGGGUCUGGUGCACCAUAUUGGACACUCCCAGCGUGUGGUAUAAAUCCUCGCGCAUUUACAGCGACCCAAGCAGCCAUCCUACAUUGCGAAUACCCAUCACCUCUACCAGAUUUGCGCGACCCUGCAUCUCUCCCCCCCAUGAUCUGGUCGACAAACUACGGCAGGCUAGCUUCACAAACCCUCUUCGCUCUCUUCUUCGGCGGCCGGACCUUUGCACCCAAAUGUAUUAUCGAUGGCGUCAACAUUCAGGACUACCUCCAGUCCCACUUUACACGCGCAUUCGCUAUCCUUGCUGAGCGCAUACGCGACGCAGGUGGGCUGCUAGAUGAGGUCGUCAUCGGAUGGGACGGCAUGAACGAACCUGCCGAAGGUUUCAUCGCCUACCCCGACCUAAACGUAUACCCUACGGUCCAAGGCUCCACACUCAAGAAGGGAAGCGUACCUACUCCAGCUCAAUCGUUCCGCCUUGGUAUGGGUCAGGCGCAAACAGUUGACAAUUAUACAUUUGGCGCGUUUGGCCCCAGACGUGAUGGUACUGUCACCAUCGACCCUAACGGUGUUAGUAUAUGGGCAGACCCCGCGGACGAACCGGGAGGCGUACACCCGCAGUGGAAGUGGCAUCGGGACCCCCAGUGGAGGCUUGGUAUUUGCGUGUGGGCGUUACACGGCGUAUGGGAUGUUGAGACCGGUUAUAUUCUCCAGCCCGAUUACUUCCGCCAUCUCCCCUGGUCUAGCUUGGCCACUUCCUGUUCUGCAGAGCCACAACCGCGUGUCGAAGUCGAUUUCCUUCAAGAUUUCUUCCUUCCACAAAUCACUUCUUACUUCUCUGCCAUCCGCGCUGCACACCCAAAUGCAAUCGCGUUUGUGCAAGCCCCCGUAUUCGCUGUUCCACCGGAAGUCCCCGAAACGCUUCUCCAGGGACGUGCAUGCGCUGCCCCUCAUUACUACGACGGCCUGACCCUUCUCUCUCGUCACUGGAGUUGGUAUAACGCCGACGCUCUGGGAAUGAUCCGUGGAAAAUACUCUAAUCCUCUCUUCGCAGUUCGAGUCGGCGAAAAGGCGAUACGGGCUUGUAUCAGGAACCAGCUUGGCGUGCUCAAAGAGGACGCCGCGCCGCGUUCGCCUUCGCCCGCGGUGCGAACGCGAUAUCCAACCAUCAUCGGCGAGAUCGGCACGCCAUUCGAUAUGGACGGUAGAGCAUCGUAUGAACCCUCAAAUCCUAGAUACGGCGACUACCGCUCUCAAGAACGCGCGCUGGACGCGAGCCUAUCCGCUGCCGACGGUGUGAAUGCGCUCAAUUACACCGUGUGGACCUACUGCACGGAUAGCACGCAUCAGUGGGGUGACGGAUGGAAUAUGGAAGAUUUGAGUCUGUGGUCCAGUGAUGACCUGAAACGUCGCACCGAGUCUACGACCAGCAUGGGCAUGACCAUGAAUGGAGGGGUGGCGCGACUCUUGCCACGCUACGUUUCCCCAUUGCUGCCUUACACAUCGGUUUCUGAACCGGCACACGUGCGUCUUGCGUUCUUGAGGGACGGUGCACGUGCAGUGAGGGCCUUCUGUAGGCCGUGGCCCAUCAGCACUGUCGGGGUACCAGCCAAUAUCGAGUUUGAUAUUGGUAAAGCGACGGUAAAGAUCGUGGUGAGUGUUAGAGCGGUGGAUAUGCCGCGUGUAUAUGAGCAGUUGGGUGAUGGCGAGGAAGUCGAGGACAUAGGAGGUGCCGAGGAGGAUAGCAAGAAAAUGAAGGGUAGCGGGACGACCUCCGUUUAUUUCCUAGAGAGCGAAAAGACAUUUGAAGAGAAGCCGAGUCCACUCCCGACUGAGAUUUUCCUCCCACUCGUCCAUUUCGCCUCGGAGACCUGCGUGUCACGCUCACUUGUGAUCCGGGAACAGACCUUACCCGAUGGAGAUGUCGAUCCCGAUAUGCAUGGGAUUGGAUGUGUGACGACGGGGACAGCAACGCCCAACGCGUAUACGGCAUCCACGGCGACCCUCCCAUUGUCCCCGUCGUCAUCGGAUCUGGUGUCUCCCUCCGAGAUACGUAUUGUGAACGAGGCGUAUGAUGUGACUGUGAAGAUGUCCGAAGGCCGUGUCGAGCUGUGUGAACGCACGCAGAUGCUACGCUGGUUCCACGCCGUUCCAACGACACCGGGGGCACAGAAAGAGGAUGGUGCGAUCAAGUACCCUCAUGGCGCAGGUGCAUGUUCGAGGUUGGUUGGAUGGAUGGAGAAACUUUGUGGUGGUGAUCUGAACCCGUGUCCCGAAUCAUGCAUUGUCAUGUAGGGAUCCUACAGCUGAUAACGCAUGCGUGCAUGGUCGAUGAGGGGAGGCGUGCGCUAUUGUAUUAUGCUAAUGUCUUCGGGACGGACGGUUCACACAGAUUCCCCUGUAGCAUUAGAGCUGGGCUCAUGGAUAUAAUGGUGUAC